AUGGAUUUGGACGAGGGGAGAGGAGGGGAGACCAGGGGAGAACCAGGAGAGACCAGGGGAGAACCAGGGGAGAACCAGGGGAGAACCAGGAGAGACCAGGGGAGAACCAGGGGAGGCCAGGGGAGAACCAGGAGAGACAAGGGGAGAACCAGGAGAGAACAGGGGAGAACCAGGAGAGACAAGGAGACAAGGGGAGAACCAGGAGAGACCAGGGGAGAACCAGGAGAGACAAGGGGAGAACCAGGAGAGAACAGGGGAGAACCAGGAGAGACAAGGGGAGAACCAGGAGAGACAAGGGGAGAACCAGGAGAGAACAGGGGAGAACCAGGAGAGACAAGGAGACAAGGGGAGAACCAGGAGAGACAAGGGGAGAACCAGGGGAGAACCAGGAGAGACAAGGGGAGAACCAGGAGAGAACAGGGGAGAACCAGGAGAGACAAGGAGACAAAGGGAGAACCAGGAGAGAUAAGGGGAGAACCAGGAGAGAACAGGGGAGAACCAGGAGAGACAAGGAGACAAGGGGAGAACCAGGAGAGAACAGGGGAGAACCAGGAGAGACAAGGGGAGAACCAGGAGAGACAAGGGGAGAACCAGGAGAGACAAGGGGAGAACCAGGAGAGACAAGGGGAGAACCAGGAGAGACAAGGGGAGAACCAGGAGAGACAAGGGGAGAACCAGGAGAGACAAGGAGACAAAGGGAGAACCAGGAGAGACAAGGGGAGAACCAGGAGAGACAAGGGGAGAACCAGGAGAGACAAGGGGAGAACCAGGAGGGACCAGGGGAGAACCAGGAGAGACCAGGGGAGAAACAGGAGAGACAAGGGGGAGAACCAGGAGAGACAAGGGGAGAACCAGGAGAGAACAGGGGAGAACCAGGAGAGACAAGGGGAGAACCAGGAGAGACCAGGGGAGAACCAGGAGAGACAAGGGGAGAACCAGGAGAGAACAGGGGAGAACCAGGAGAAACAAGAGGAGAACCAGGAGGGAGCAGGGGAGAACCAGGAGAGACAAGGGGAGAACCAGGAGAGACCAGGGGAGAACCAGGAGAGACAAGGGGAGAACCAGGAGAGAUGA